UGGUGAAUUCAGUAUAGUCAGUGGAGGAAUGAGGUUGACGGAAUCUGCACACAAACAUUGCUGUGGAAACACUCUGUGAGACCCUAAUUUCAGUUCGAACACUACAGGCUGCAGGUGGAUGCAGGCUAAAGGCGCGGGUCUCUGGGUCAAAACCACCCGUCUUGGCGCGAUGUUUCCCCAGCAGGCGGACCCCGAGGCGACGAACGACAGUUGCCCGGGCGCCAGCUCCACCGCCUGCAACGCCACUUCGGACGAAGAAGCGCUCCAGCUGCCCACCUUCUCCACGGCGGCUAAGGUGCGCGUCAUUAUCACCUUCAGCCUGUGCGUCGUGUCGGCAGUGUGCAACCUGCUGGUACUGUGGGCAGCCUGCAAGGGCGGUAGGCGCAAGUCCCACGUCAGGAUUAUAAUUAUGAACCUGACCGUGGCGGAUCUGCUGGUCACAUUCAUCGUCAUGCCCGUGGACGCCGUGUGGAACAUCACAGUGCAGUGGCAGGCAGGAGACACCGCCUGCAGGCUGCUUAUGUUCCUCAAGCUGGUGGCCAUGUACUCUUGCGCCUUUGUCACGGUGGUCAUCAGUCUGGACCGACAGUCGGCCAUUCUUAACCCUCUGGGCAUCAGGGAGGCCAAGAAGAGGAGCAAGAUCAUGCUGACUGUGGCUUGGACCACGAGUGUCGUACUCGCUCUUCCUCAGAUGUUUAUAUUCCACAAUGUGACUAUCACUGUCCCGGAGAACUUCACCCAGUGUACCACCCAUGGCAGCUUUGUCCAGCACUGGCAGGAGACGGUCUACAACAUGUUCACCUUCGCGUGCCUCUUCCUCCUUCCUUUGGCCAUCAUGAUUUUCUGCUACACAAGAAUCCUCAUAGAGAUAUCCAGCAACUUGCUGUCCAGAGACGUUCACCUUCGCCGGUCCCACAACAACAUCCCCAAAGCUCGAAUGAGGACUCUCAAGAUGAGUAUUGUCAUUGUGACAUCAUUUAUAAUCUGCUGGACCCCUUAUUACCUGCUGGGCCUUUGGUAUUGGUUGUUUCCCGAAAAAAUGGAGGAGACGGUUUCCCAUUCUCUCACUCACAUGCUGUUCAUCUUCGGCCUCUUUAACGCAUGUCUGGACCCCAUCACUUACGGUCUGUUCACCAUUCACCUCCACCAGGGCCUGAAGAGGUAUUGCCAAGGCUCCAACACACAGAUCACUUCUGAAAACAAUAAUUGUCUCAUGCACAUGGCUCGCCUGUCGUCCCGCAGGCACAUGGCCUCAGGUGGCCCGCGCAUAGACACGGAGGAAAGGAGUGAUGACUGCAGCACGAAAAUUGGCUUGAGGCCAACGAUGCCCGUUAGCGAGAUCUAACGGUUUAAAGCGUCCCAAUGACGAUAAUCUCAAUCUCGUAAUGAGUGUUCGGCUUGGUCUUGCAAUGAGAAACACAGAGGUUUGGCAAACGUUCAUUGUUUUCUGCCUGAUCCACUCAAGUAAUCAUGGUGUAAUAUUCUGCAGAUGGACAGAUGGGAAAAGAUUCAACAAACCACUGCCGAGUGAUGUGUGCCACUGCUCAUUUGAAAGCCCCCCAUCGCCCUCCUCCUGUGCAUGCCUGAGUGGUGUGUACGCCACAUGGAAUCACGCUCUUGUUACAUUUACCUCAGAAAUCCAGUCUGACCAGAAACGUUAUUAUCGCUGGUCAAAUGGAGUGCUUCUUUUAAUGAGAGUGACAGAUGAUUGACUGGAGUGUAAAAGCGGACAUACCUGUAUGUGUUACUAUGGUAACUACAUCCUGGAAUGUCUGCAAGUCACCAACUACCAUAUGCCAGAUGCAAAAGAUGCAAACUUCAGCAUCACAAGUAUGCCUGGCCUUGAUUUGGGUUGAAAUUCCCAAAAGAAAAAAAAAAAAAAAGUUAUGUUACAUAAGUUACAUAUCAGUUUAUAUGUUAGGCAACUUUGUCUAUGAAAAUAGACAUGUGGUAACAAAAUCUUCAUUUUAUGCAAAUUCAACUGAAUUUCUACAUGAUAAAAGUACUAUUUGUCAAUAAACAAAUGUACAAAUCGCACAGCUUUUAAUAUUUUCAAAAGUUCCACAAAAAUGAAAGGAAAUUUAUGACCACUGUUUGCAGUAUAGACACUUGUCCACUGCACAACUAAGCUAACUAACAAACUGCCUCGGUUUGGGGUGGUCCGCUUCAAAAUAGCAUAAAGCAAAAACUAAGAAAACCAAGCCACAUUAAAUGCAUCAGUUGGAACAAGAUAUGCUAACAAACAACAAAGGCAGAGAAUGGCGGUCUCUCUUGGUAAAAAUACAAAUUUUAUCCAAAGGGAGACUAAGGGCAGCUAAAAAACAGACUGCUACAGCAAAGUGGAGACUUGUGUAUGUGUAUCCUCAAAUGUUACAAUGACAAAUCUUUCAAUAAUACCUCAUAGUUUGUGGUAGAUACCAAACUGUAUUGGACAUUUUAAGGAUUCUUUUCCAUGUUUUUAAAAAUGUUUAUUUUCCAUGGUUUCCUAUAAUCACUUCAAAGUGGCUUCAUGUGUGCAAUACGUUACAUUACCAAAAAAUGAAUGUCACAACAUGAUCAUUAUUGACCCUGUCAGCUUUUUUUUCCAAGAAAAUGUAAUGUAUUUGAUGUCCCCCCACAGCAUGUUGUUGAUGUGCUAGUGACUACUCGGAUAUUCCGACAUCAGUUGUGUGUAUCACCACAUUGUGUCAUAAAGAAAAAGUCACUAAUUUGUCGAUUCUAUCUUAUACGUUUGAUGGGGUAUUAUUUAAAAGGUCUUGUGUAUUUUGGACAGAAUAUCUUGAUAUUGUAUUUAUUUUUGCUUUGUUCACAAUGUUAUUUAUAAGAUUUGUUUGCAUGCUAUUGGUUUUAUUUUGUAUUGUCACUGAAGUUCUUGUAAUGUAUUCUGAUGAUAUGUUUAUUUGUUGAAUAAAAACAAUAUCUACCAAAUGAUGCAGAAAGUAACAAGAUUCCUAUUUUUUUGUGAUGUCUCUGCCAUUAUAUGAGGCAACAGGGUAAUGUUCUACAAUACAAUUGGUCUGGAUGGAGUGUUGGAUGAUUUUGACUACACCAAAUGAAAACCACUUACGUUUUUUUUUAUACACUCGACCUUUUGC